GUGGAAAUAUUUGUUUUCCUUCUGGGCAGGGCACAGCAGAGGCUUACGUGGGUUUGCUGACGGAUGAACACUUCCCGGCGUUUUUUAAAUCCACCCCACCCUCGAGUUUGUUUGCUUUCUUGUUCUGGACGCGAAUGAUCCUGGCGUAUUGAUUUACGAUCGAUUACUGCCCCUUGACGCGUUUCUCUUCUUGUGUCUUCAAUGUUAACAUCUCGCUGGUCUCCCCGGUCCAGUGAGUUGACUUCUUCCCGACUUCGUCUAUGGCUCAACCGUCGUCUUGCUCACAGAGUUGUUGUCCAUUAUGUGUCAUCUACAGCUGAGGACAUUGAUUUUUGUGGCGUGGGUGCUGGGUUACGUCGUCUUUCUGCACUCCCUCAGGAUGACGGCUAAGUACGCGAGAGGUUCGCUGGCACGCUCACUUUUGGUGAACAUGAUGAACGAAGGGGAAGGAACAUCGAUGGAGACACAGGAGUGGUACACAUUCUGCCCCGAUCUGCUUGGGGAGUCUCUACGACCUCUGUUGGUCCAGAGUCAUCUCGAUUCAGGCACCAAGGCGUUCCUCAAGCAAAGCAUUGAGAAGUCAAACUGGUUGUUCACACAACUCUAUCACUCCUUUGUAUCAAGUGUCCUUACCCCUAUGGUUUCACGCACCUCCAUCAAUGGGUUUCUGGGGCGCGGAUCGAUGUUUGUGUUUUCCGUGGAGCAAUUUGAGAAACUCCUAAAGAUCGGCCCGGAUUGGAAGGCGGACAAACUUCUGGACCUCGGAGCUGGUGAUGGUGCUGUCACGGAAAUUAUGAGAGGCCAUUUCAGGGAAAUUUAUGUUACCGAGGUCUCGCCGCCGAUGAAAUGGCAUUUGCAAAGGAGGAAUUUCAUGUUGAUGGGUAUCGACGAGUGGCAGCGGAGCGGCCUUCAGUACGAUGUCAUCAGUUGUCUCAACCUGUUGGACCGCUGCGAGGAUCCUCUACAUCUCCUGCGGGACAUCAGGCGAUCGCUCGUUCCCCACACCGGACGCCUCGUUCUGGCUGCUGUUCUCCCCUUCCAGCCUUACAUAGAAGUUGGUGGGAGAUGGCAGCGUCCCCAAGAACACCUCGUCGUACAAGGGAAGACGUGGGAGGAGCAAGUAACCAGUCUGUCGCAUGACGUCUUCCGAAAGUCAGGAUUCGAGGUAGAGACUGUGACCCGAUUGCCGUAUCUCUGUGAAGGGGACAUGUACAACAAAUACUAUGUUCUCGACGAUGCAGUUUUUGUUUUGAAGGCGUCGAACGUGACGGAAGAGUUUGUUCAAUGAAGAACGGAGCUAGGUGUGAGGGUGCACCUAUUUUGCCAAAAGGCUUUCAAGUCAAAUUGAUGUGAAAAAAGACAAAAAAAUCUUUUGAGACAGUGAUACCUCAUCAGUUGUAAGAAAGGGUGACUUUUUUUCCCUUAGCUUGAGCUGUGUAGGGAUGGUACGCAUCGCUGUAUUGUACUGUUAUGUUUUUAUGUGGGAAGUAGAAAGUAAAUUGUUGACCUUUCCACGUCAAUGUGAAAAAUCAAAUCUCAACGCACAUUCAUUUGCGUGAUUUCAAUGACUGAUCCAUCCAUUUUUAUACUUGUAUAGACGAUAGUGGUAGAUUAAGGUUCCCUCAAAGACCCAUUUUAUUUUUUUUAACAAAACCUGUUCUGAAAAGCACAUAUAUUGAAAUCAGUGUUGUGCAGUCAAUUUCAGUACCGAUUGAAAUUAAGCUGGAAAUAAACAUCCACCAUGGAGGAGUGGAAGAGGAUUCCACUGAUAAGCUGUUACUCGAUCUACUCUUUUUGCGUAGUUUCACCUUACGCUUUCGAUGCCAACGGUUUAGACAUGUCUGAGUAUUGCUUCGUGAAUCCUGACACAAGCAAUAUUUGUAUUCUAAUGCAGUGAGUUCCUAAAUAAAGAAUAUGAUUACAUUUUCCAACUGAAA